UGGUUCAUGCAUCCGUUUUCAAUUCUUUCUAUAUAAAUAUACCCUCUCAAUAGAAGAAAUACACUUACAUUUCCAUAGUUUUCAUUCAUUUCUUCACUCACUUUCUGCAAAAAAACACAAUGGGAGGUUUCGAAACCGUAGCCAAUGACGCGAAAAACUCCGUUUCUGCCACCAAAAAACUCCCCUCUUCUGAUUCCUUCAUCAAUCUCGAUCAUGGGGAUCCGACGAUGUUCGAGCCGUAUUGGAAGAAACAAGGUGACAAGUGUACGGUGGUGAUCUCGGGAAGUGACCUGAUGAGCUACUUUAGCGACGUAGGAAACGUAUGCUGGUUCUUAGAGCCACAGCUGUCCGAUGCCAUCAAGAGACUUCAUCGGACGGUUGGGAAUGCAGAAUCCGAUGAUCGGUAUGUUGUGGUGGGGACAGGCUCCACACAGCUCUAUCAGGCGGCGCUUUACGCUAUCACCGCCUCCGCCGGUAGGGCGGAGCCCGUCAGUGUUGUCUGUGCUGCUCCUUACUAUUCGUCAUACAAAGAUGAGACAGAUUUCCUGCGUUCUGGUCUAUAUAAAUGGGAAGGUGAUGCAUAUGAAUUUGAUAAAGAUGAACCAUACAUUGAGGUUGUGACUUCACCGAAUAAUCCGGACGGCGCCAUUCGAGAUUCUGUGGUUAACCGAGGAGACGGGAAGCACAUUCAUGAUCUGGCUUAUUACUGGCCGCACUACACGCCGGUCACUCGUCCGGCAGAUCAUGAUAUUAUGCUGUUCACAAUUUCCAAAUGCACAGGUCAUGCAGGUUCCAGAAUUGGAUGGGCACUUGUGAAGGAUAGGGAAGUGGCAAGAAUGAUGACUAAGUUCAUCGAAAUUUGCGCUAUUGGCGUAUCGAAAGAAUCCCAGCUCCGAGCUGCAAGGAUUCUCGGAGUGGUUACUGAAGGCUGUCAGCAAUUUGGGACUACUCCUGAAUCGGGAAACUUUUUUGAGUACGGCCAGUCGUUGAUGGCUGAAAGAUGGAAGAGACUGAGAGAAACUGUUAAGAACAGUCAAAUUUUCAGUCUGCCUAAGUACCCACAGGAAUGGUGCAAUUUCACUGGAAAGUACAUUGAAUCAAAUCCUGCAUUUGCAUGGCUAAAAUACAAGGAAGACGCAGACUGCGAGAGUCUCCUACGAGCCGAGAAGAUUCAGACAAGGGGUGGUGAGCGUUUCGGCAGUGGUAGAAACUAUGUGAGGAUUAGCAUGCUCAGUCGAGAAGAAGCGUUUAACCAAUUUCUGGCGAGGUUGUCGGCAAUCCAAGGCUAGACAUGACUAGAUGAGGAAAUAAUAAAAGCUUGAGAGAAAUCAGAACCCCGAGGAUGAUAAUGUAAUCUUUAAUUCAUCCAUUAGGAGGUUAUGUUUAUGUUAGUUUUCAGAUGGAAAAUUUGUGUUCAGAACAGAUCAAGUUGUGACAGGACUUAACAAUCGAUUUCCCAUCUAUAAAUGUUGUAGCUUAUCUUUUAAAAUAAAAUAAAAUAAACUCUUAUCAAGCUAUAUAACAAUGUUCUCCUAUUUAUUUAAUU